AUGUCUAAUCCCUUACCCUCAUCCUCUUCAACAAACCCUCCCCCAUCGAACCCUUCAACGGACACUUCAAGCAUCACAACAUCCGCUCCUAAUCCUGAAAAGGGGCAUCAACUCUACGUUUGUGGCCAUUGUGGUAGACGCUACUCAAGACCAGAACAUCUCCAGCGUCAUGUCCAAACCCACACUCUGGGCCGUCGCUUUGCUUGUGGGAUCUGUGGGAAGACGUUUGCUCGUGCUGAUUUGAAGAAACGUCAUGAGGCAAACCACGAGAAUGACGACUCCAAAAAGAGACGACGCACUACCACUGCUCUCAACUCUGGACGAGUCACCCAUGCUUGCAAGGCUUGUGCUGCUGCGAGGGUCAAGUGUCAAGAGGAGAAGCCUUGUCAGCGAUGCACUCGUCGCGGGUUGACUUGCGUUUCGUCAGAGGCAGGUACUGCAGCAGCCAUGAACCUGGUUCAUUUAUCUGCCAGCGCGCGAUCUCAGAAUGAUGAAGAGUACGAUAACGGUGGCCCCAGCAGUGGCCCUGUUCCAACACCCUUUCCUGUUGAUCAACCCUCUUUGUAUGGACAAUCCGUCCAAUUGCAAUCUCAACCCCAAUCUAGAUCAGGUACUCCUAAUACAGGCGACCUCAACAUAUCCGAAGCUAGCUCUUUCCAACAACCCGACGCAGACCAGCUCCCCUUUUGCGACUUUCUACGAGAUGUCUUGUAUGAGCAGCAGUACGAUCAACCAGCCAGAAUGCCAGAUAACCAAGGCCUCGACGUUCUGGAUUUUUGCAACGAUACCAACAUGGAACUUUCAGACAUGGACUUUGGUUUGUUGGAUCACUGGAACGCAGGCGGGACCGGCAUGGACAACAUGACCACAAUGCCAGUACAGACGGACACACCCAGAUCAGACAACUCUACUGACUUGGCGCACGCGCAUAUACGACAGAAUCUCGUCACUGCCUGGGAUGUAUCCCCUUGGCGAUGGGACCCGGUGGCAAAGGAUAAUGCAUUCGGCGAACAAGGAAAUCUUCCAGUGUCGACAAAGGAUGUGGCGUCUUUUCAAGCCGAGGCUUCUAAAGGAGGUCUCAGACGGGUCGUUGACCAGAGGCUGGACUUUGCUGCUCGUGAUGGUGUCCUGGCACUUGUUCUCGGAUCUUGCCAACCGGAAGCCAUGUCAAGUCGUAUUUCAGGGUCCUUUCCUUCAGCAGAUCUCCUGGAUACCAUGCUGCAUGUGUUCCUCAACUCGCAUACCAACCAGGUAUCCGAAUACAUCCAUUUCCCCACUUUCAAGCUCAACGAGCAGGAGCCUGAGUGGAUUGCUGGAGCCGCAGCAGCUGGUGCUGUGCUAACUCCUAUACCGACACUACGAAAGUUUGGCUAUGCUCUUCAAGAAGCUAUCCGAAUUGUUAUGCCUAAACGAUUCGAGGAAAACAACGAAUCGAUCCUGAACAUAGGCCUGAUACAAGCUAUCGUUAUCGGCCAAGACACUGGCGUUUGGAGUGGAAAUCGACGCAAGAUGGAGAUUGCCGAAUGCCAUAUCAACAUUCCCACCACGAUGAUGCGAUACCGUGGAAAGUUUCAACGGUCUACAUACCCCAUGCUUUCGGUAACUGCAGACGACGAGGGCGCCAAUCUUGAACAGAAAUGGAGAACUUGGGUUGAUAUGGAGAAAUGGAAACGUUUCGUCUUCCACCUCUUCCUACGUGAUAGUCAGCAGUCAAUGACAGCCUUGACCAACCCCGUCAUGUCAUAUGCUGAACUGACACUUCCCCUGCCCGCAUCCAAGGAACUCUGGUACGCCAAAACAGCCAGAGACUGGAAGCAUGCAUACUUGAGACGAGAAGAUGGGCAUGUUAAGCGAGCCCCUUCAGUUGGCGAUCUAUUCCGCAAUCUGAACCUUCUUGCAGAAAACCGACACAGACUGGAUGUGCAGCUUUCGGCAGCAAUCUAUCUCCAAGCCUAUUGGCUUCUGAUAUUGGAGUAUAGAAACCUGUGUUCAUCAUACAGGAUACGAUCCUACACCCAGGAUCCUUACGGAAACACCAAUUCGUUGCUAGACGCACGUCGGCACCAGCUAUUACAAGAUCUCCAGACUUUCAAGAUUACAACCAUGAACUGGCCUGAAAUCACAGCACAGGAGCGGCUUCUGCUCAAUCAACUUAUGAUGGCAUUGCAUAUAUCUACAGACGAUCUCCAGCUCUUCGCGGGCAAGGAGGGGGACGAACAAGCACAUCGAGCAUUUCACGUACUCCAGCAAUGGGUCGAAAGUGUUGAUUCUCGAGCAGCUAUAUGGCACGCCGGUCAAGUUCUCCGGUUCGCCAAGCUUUUCCCAUCAGCACAGUUGAAAAACUUUUACGCUGUUGGAGUACACCAUGCAGCGCUUGCCAUCUGGACAUACGGCGUAAUCAAGAAGGCGGGAAGUAAACAAGAUGUGUCUUCUCAAUAUGAGAAGAUUUAUAUAGACGGACCAGAAUCCCCGAGUAUACAGAGGUACAUCAACACGGGGCAGGGACUUCCUGUUUUUCGAGGACCAAACAGUCGCAACGGGGUAUCUGAAGCGACAAUGGAGAACCCCAAAGCAGGCAUGGAGGCCAUACACGAGAUUCUCCAGGCUAACUUUGGCGGCGCAAAUAGAAUGGCGCCUGCAAUUGUGGAAAAUUUGUGUAUCUUGAUACGACAGCUCGGCAAUGUUGCUAUCUAA